UGUGCACGCAUGGCCUUCUUGCACUGACACUGCUCGCGCCGGAUCAUGACGACCGUAUCUAGCGGGAGAACACUCUUCUUCUGCGCGGCAGCCACCUUGGUAGCUGCAGCGGGUGCCUUCCAUGCGCCAACAGCGAGCUUCAACGCCAGGAGUAUUAGUGCAACGGGAACCGCGCUGUCAGGACCUUCAACAGCAGCAGCAGCAGCAGCAGCAGCAGCAGCAGCAGCAGCAGCAGCAGCAGCAGCACCCUCCGCUUCACAACAACGGCGAAGAGUAGGAGCAAUAACCUCGCGUCGUAGUGGUGUGUCCGGCCUGAACGCCAGGGCUGGUAGUGGUGGUGAGGACGAGUUUUACACGCCAGCAGACUUGGCAGCGUACAGCAAGCCGUGGGGCAUCACGUUGCACUAUCGCGGGACGCUCAACACAUACCGGAUAGAGGCGCACAGGCCGAACGGCGAGGUUGCUGGUUACACUACGGGCUUCUACCUGGGAGAUUUGUUGCACCUGGACAAAGUGCAAAUCCAGCGAAAGGAAUCCGCGUACGAAGCUGGGGCACCGAACGCGCCGGCUCCCGGCACUCGCGACCUCCCGUGGGCGGAGAAAACGGGCAACUUGUUUCAGCUCGGCGCUGUAUUGGGGUGUGCGGCAGUGCGCUACGGCUGGGAUAGGGGUGCCAGGAGAGUCGAGCUCCUGGCGAUUCGCGACAACGACAAGCAGCACAGCAGACUGGUACGUUAUUACCGGAUAGCUGGCUUCAAAGCGGAGCGCAGCGUCGGGGAGGACCUCGGUAGCCUGAGAGACAGAUUGACUUGGGGGGCGGAGGGCACUCUUAUGGUGGCAUCGGCGGAUGACUUCAUGCGGCGGUGGACGCCCCUCAUGCAGGAGACCAACGCCAGCGACGAGGGAUAGGAGGCGGCGGCGGCGGCGGUGGCAGCGGCAGCCGAAGUAGAGAAGCUGGAGACUUGGCCCAGCGAGUUGAGAAGAUACUAGUGUUAGGUUCAGAUACUAGUGUGGGGUUUAGAAGCGGAAAUCAGAAACCAUUUGACAAAUAGUCGGCGCUGACGUUUCUCAUGGUUCUACAUAUUUCGGGAGAGGUUGUAGCACAACAGGAAAGUGGUUUGUGCCUUUAGAAGUAAAGAACACCUUCUGACAUUCACAUUGUAUCGCAGCUUGCCUCGUGCAACCGUGCUGGUCCUCUCCGAGAUUUUUUGUUGAGGUGGUAUGCGCUGCUGCUGGUGUGAGAAGGAGGUGGAUAAUCAUGAUGUGGUAAAUGCACGAAGAAUGCUGAUUAUGCUUUUUGGUGUC